CCUUUUAUUUCACAGAAUGCAGGUCCGUGGACUCUUUCUCCUCUUGGUGCUGAUUCUUCUGGCUGUAUCUUCUGAGGCUGGCAAGAAUAAAAAAGACAAGGUGAAGAAAAAUGGCUCUGAUUGUGAGGAAUGGCGCUGGGGUCCCUGCGUCCCCAACAGCAAAGACUGUGGUGUGGGCUACCGUGAAGGAACCUGUAAUGAGGAGACCAAGAAACUCAAGUGCAAGAUCCCCUGCAACUGGAAGAAGGAAUUUGGAGCUGACUGCAAGUACAAAUUUGAGAGCUGGGGUGGCUGUGAUGCAGCAACAGGUCUGAAGGCCCGUUCGGGUACCCUGAAAAAGGCCCUGUACAAUGCCGAAUGUCAGGAUACUAUUCAAGUGACUAAGCCUUGUUCUCCUAAGGCCAAAUCAAAAUCCAAAGCCAGGAAAGGAAAGGGGAAAGACUAGAACGAUGGACACAACCCCACCAUCUUCAGGGCAUGAUGCCUGAACCCAAUCGGACACACACCACUCAGAGCUGCAGCGUGGUCCCUCCCAGCUCGGCGAUGCUUUGCCAAAUCCCACUGCUCUUCUGCAUGCACAACUUUGUCCUUAACCAAGAUACUAUUUCUAAACACUAGUUUUGUAGAGAGCAAGCCCACCCUGUUCUGAAGGAGGUGCUGUUUGCCUUCCCCUUAACUCCUCCCUUCUCCCCCUUUUAUAUGUACCCCAGUGUUCUUUGCUCUGGUUC